ACUGUUUUCCAGGUACAAAAACUGCUCUGUAUGUGUCCAGUGGAUUUCCAUGGGAUUUUCCAGUUAGAUGAACGUCGUAGAGAUGCUGUAAUUGCGUUGGGAAUCUUUCUGAUUGAAUCUGAUCUUCAGCACAAAGAUAACGUGGUUCCUUACCUCCUUCGACUUCUGAAAGGUCUUCCCAAAGUCCAAUGGAUAGAAGAAAGCAAUGCACGGAAAGGCAGAGGCUUGCUUCCAGUUGCAGAAAACUUCAGCUUCUGCUUGGUGACAUUGUUGUCAGAUGUCGCUUAUAGGGAUGCAUCUCUUAGGGAGCAGAUUUUGGAUGCAGUUCUGCAAGUAAUGCAGUUUCUGUUGGGAAUGUGCCAGACCCCUCAAAUGCAUGAUAAAGAGUACUUAUGCAAGUAUGCAGUGCCCUGCCUGAUAGGAAUUUCACGAGCUUUUGGUCGCUACAGCAAUUCAGAAGAGGCUCUUCUUUCAAAGCUUUUCCCUAAAAUUUCCCCACAUUCCCUUAGAGUUCCAGAAGAACUUGAGGGAAUUAGACGAAGAUCGUUUAAUGAUUUCAGAUCAAUUCUUCCCAGCUCUCUACUUACUGUCUGCCAAGAAGGAACAUUGAAGAGAAAGGCCAGCAGUGUAUCUAGCAUCUCACAGGUUAGUCCUGAACGUGGAAUUCACCCUCCCAGCUCUCCUGGAGGAUCUGCAAUUCAUUACUUUGAAGGUUCAUACCUUCCUGAUGGGAGUGCACUAGAUCCUGAUUACUAUUUCUCUACAAUCAGCUCUAGCUUUUCAGUUUCUCCUCUUUUCAAUGGCAUUAACAAUAAAGAGUUUAAUAUCCCACUGGAAAUGCUGCGCCAGCUGUUGCAAAUGGUAAAACAAAUAGUCGGUGAUUCUCUUCUAAAGAGCUUGGAUGCAGUUGUAGCUGAAGUUGCAGAAAUGGGUUCUACUACAGAUCUCUAUUAUAAAACAUUCAGUGACCCUCUUUAUGUUGCUCAGUUUAAAAUGCUAAGAGACACAUUGUACUAUAUGAAAGACCUUCCCAACUCAUUUGUGAAGGAAAUCCAUGAUUUUGUGCUAGAACAGUUCAACAUCAGUCAGUCAGAACUUCAGAAAAUUCUUCAUGAUGUUGAUCGACUGCACAAUGAAUUGAGUCCUUUAAAGCUGCGCUGUCAGGCUAAUGCUGCCUGUGUGGAUCUCAUGGUGUGGGCUGUGAAAGAUGAGCAAGGUGCAGAAAACCUGUGCAUCAAGCUGUCAGAAAAGCUGCAGUCGAAAACCUCUAGCAAAGUCAUCAUUGCUCACUUGCCACUGCUGAUUUGCUGUUUGCAGGGACUAGGUCGUUUGUGUGAGCGCUUCCCUGUUGUGGUUCAUUCUGUCAAUCCAUCUCUGAGAGACUUUCUUGUGAUACCUUCCCCUGUACUUGUGAAACUUUACAAGUAUCAUAGCCAGUAUCACACAGUAGGUGGUAAUGACAUCAAAAUUAGUGUAACCAGUGAGCAUUCUGAGUCCACUGUUAAUGUGAUGCCUGGCAAGAAAAGUCAACCAUCCAUGUAUGAACAACUUCGGGACAUUGCCAUAGACAACAUCUGCAGGUGCUUGAAAGCUGGUUUGACUAUAGACCCAGUGAUUGUCGAGGCCUUUCUUGCUAGUUUGUCUAACCGUCUCUACAUCUCACAGGAGAGUGAUAAGGAAGCUCAUUUGAUUCCGGACCACACAAUUCGUGCUUUAGGGCACAUUGCAGUGGCACUUAGGGACACCCCAAAAGUGAUGGAACCCAUCCUGCAGAUCUUACAGCAGAAAUUCUGUCAGCCUCCUUCUCCUCUUGAUGUACUCAUCAUUGACCAGCUGGGCUGCUUAGUUAUCACUGGAAAUCAAUAUAUUUACCAGGAAGUGUGGAAUCUGUUUCAGCAGAUCAGUGUUAAAGCAAGCUCUGUUGUUUACUCUGCCACGAAAGAUUAUAAGGAUCAUGGAUACAGACACUGCUCCUUAGCAGUCAUUAAUGCCCUAGCUAACAUAGCUGCUAACAUUCAAGGAGAGCACCUCGUGGAUGAGCUAUUAAUGAACUUGCUGGAAUUGUUUGUUCAGCUUGGACUAGAAGGAAAGAGAGCUAGUGAGAGAGCAAGUGAAAAAGGACCAGCAUUGAAGGCUUCAAGUAGUGCAGGGAACCUGGGUGUGCUUAUUCCUGUUAUUGCUGUGCUUACUAGGCGCUUGCCACCCAUCAAGGAGGCCAAGCCCAGGCUGCAAAAGCUCUUCCGUGACUUCUGGCUAUAUUCAGUGCUGAUGGGAUUUGCUGUGGAAGGAUCAGGUUUGUGGCCGGAGGAAUGGUACGAAGGUGUAUGUGAAAUUGCCACCAAAUCUCCGUUACUCACGUUUCCCAGCAAAGAACCUCUUCGAUCUGUUCUUCAGUACAAUUCUGCCAUGAAAAAUGACACUGUGACUUCUGCUGAAUUAAAUGAAUUACGGAGUACCAUAAUAAAUCUCUUGGAUCCUCCUCCAGAAGUGUCAGCAUUGAUCAAUAAGUUGGACUUUGCCAUGUCUACCUAUCUACUUUCGGUCUACCGUCUGGAGUAUAUGAGGGUGUUGCGUUCAACUGACCAAGAUCGCUUCCAAGUCAUGUUCUGCUAUUUUGAGGAUAAAGCAAUUCAAAAAGACAAGUCGGGCAUGAUGCAGUGUGUGAUAGCUGUUGCUGAUAAGGUGUUUGAAGCUUUCCUGACGAUGAUGGCUGAUAAACCUAAAACCAAGGAGAACGAAGAAGAGCUGGAGAGACAUGCUCAAUUCUUACUGGUGAAUUUUAACCACAUUCACAAGAGGAUAAGGAGAGUUGCAGACAAAUACUUGUCUGGCCUUGUAGAUAAAUUUCCGCACUUGCUGUGGAGUGGAACUGUGCUGAAGACCAUGCUAGAUAUUCUGCAGACGCUGUCACUCUCUCUCAGUGCAGACAUUCACAAGGACCAACCAUACUAUGACAUUCCAGAUGCUCCAUACAGAAUCACUGUCCCUGACACGCAUGAAGCCAGAGAGAGUAUAGUGAAGGAUUUUGCUGCACGCUGUGGAAUGAUUCUGCAAGAAGCAAUGAAAUGGGCUCCCUCUGUUACAAAAUCUCAUCUACAGGAAUACUUAAACAAACAUCAGAACUGGGUGUCAGGUUUGUCCCAGCACACAGGACUGGCCAUGGCUACAGAAAGUAUUCUGCACUUCGCAGGCUACAACAGACAGAACACUACUUUGGGCGCAACCCAGCUAACAGAAAGACCUACUUGUGUGAAGAAAGACUACUCCAACUUCAUGGCUUCUCUUAACUUGCGCAACCGCUAUGCAGGAGAGGUUUCUGGAAUGAUUCAGUUCUCAAAUGCUACAGGACGAACAUCUGACCUGAAUAAACUGAUGGUUAAAGAACUGAAUGAUGCUCUUGAACUGGGCCAGACUGAAUUCUAUACUCAGGCCAUGUUUAAGUUGACUGCACUGCUAAUAAGCAGCAAAGACUGCGAUCCCCAGCUCCUCCAUCAUCUGUGCUGGGGACCCCUGCGAAUGUUCAAUGAACAUGGCAUGGAAACAGCAAUUGCUUGCUGGGAGUGGCUGCUUGCUGCCAAGAAUGGGAUUGAAGUGCCGUUCAUGCGGGAAAUGGCAGGAGCCUGGCAAAUGACAGUGGAGCAGAAAGUUGGCCUGUUUUCUGCUGAGCAGAAAGAAGCAGAUCCAUUAGCAGCCUCAGAAGAGAGCCAGCCGAGGCCUUGCCCGCCAGAGGUUACCCCGCAUUACAUCUGGAUAGACUUUCUGGUGCAGAGAUUUGAAAUAGCCAAGUACUGCAGCUCUGACCAAAUAGAGAUCUUCUCCAGCCUACUGCAGCGGUCCCUGUCCUUGAACAUUGGAGGAGCAAAAGGCAGUUUGAAUCGACAUGUGGCAGCUAUUGGACCGCGUUUUAAGUUGCUGACUCUGGGGUUGUCUUUGCUGCAUGCUGAUGUGGUUCCAAACGCAACUAUUCGAAAUGUGUUGAGAGAAAAAAUUUAUUCAACUGCUUUUGAUUAUUUCAGUGAGGAUAUCAGCAUAUUGAUCAAGUUUUGGACAGCUAUGUUCUCAGACAAAAAGUACCUGACAGCCAGCCAACUAGUGCCGCCUGAUAAUCAAGACACUAGGAGCAACCUGGAUAUCAACGUUGGAUCUCGGCAACAGGCUACACAAGGAUGGAUAAAUACCUACCCUUUAUCGAGUGGCAUGUCAACCAUAUCUAAAAAAUCAGGGAUGUCCAAGAAGACUAACAGAGGGACGCAGCUGCACAAGUACUACAUGAAGCGGAGGACAUUACUGCUGUCUUUGCUGGCUACUGAGAUUGAGCGCUUAAUCACAUGGUACAAUCCACUCUCCUCCCCUGAGCUAGAGUUGGAUCAAACUGGAGAGAACAGUGUGGCAAACUGGAGGUCUAAGUAUAUCAGUCUUAGUGAGAAGCAAUGGAAAGAUAAUGUGAAUUUGGCUUGGAGCAUUUCCCCUCAUCUUGCAGUACAGCUGCCUACCAGAUUUAAGAACACUGAAGCUAUUGGUACAGAAGUAACUCGUCUGGUUCGGUUGGACCCAGGAGCUGUUAGUGAUGUUCCUGAAGCAAUAAAGUACCUGGUCACGUGGCACACCAUCGACGCCGAUGCGCCGGAGCUCAGCCACGUUCUGUGCUGGGCACCCACGGACCCACCAACUGGCCUCUCCUAUUUCUCAAGCAUGUAUCCGCCUCAUCCUUUAACAGCUCAGUAUGGAGUUAAAGUCCUGCGAUCGUUCCCUCCGGAUGCCAUUUUAUUCUACAUUCCACAGAUCGUGCAGGCACUUCGUUAUGAUAAGAUGGGUUAUGUUAGAGAAUAUAUCCUGUGGGCAGCUGCCAAAUCCCAGCUCUUGGCACAUCAAUUCAUCUGGAACAUGAAAACUAAUAUCUACCUGGAUGAAGAAGGACACCAAAAAGAUCCUGACAUUGGGGAGCUCCUAGAGCAACUAGUAGAGGAGAUAACCAGCUCGUUAUCUGGCCCAGCCAAGGAGUUCUACCAACGGGAAUUCGACUUCUUUAAUAAAAUCACUAAUGUUUCAGCCAUUAUCAAACCAUUCCCUAAAGGAGAUGAAAGAAAAAAAGCUUGUUUGAGUGCUCUGUCUGAGGUGAAAGUGCAGCCUGGCUGUUACCUGCCCAGCAAUCCUGAAGCGAUUGUUCUGGAUAUUGAUUACAAAUCAGGAACACCUAUGCAGAGUGCAGCAAAAGCUCCCUACCUGGCCAAAUUUAAAGUGAAACGGUGUGGAGUUAGUGAGCUUGAAAAGGAAGGUCUCCGUUGUCGUUCUGAUUCCAUAGAUGAAAGUACAGAAGAAGGGGUGGACAGUAAGAAAAUCUGUUGGCAAGCAGCUAUCUUUAAAGUGGGCGAUGACUGCAGACAGGACAUGUUAGCUUUACAAAUCAUCGAUCUCUUCAAGAACAUAUUUCAGCUGGUAGGCCUGGAUCUUUUUGUGUUUCCAUACAGAGUGGUGGCCACAGCUCCGGGGUGCGGUGUUAUUGAAUGCAUUCCUGACUGCACAUCCCGUGACCAGCUGGGCAGGCAGACAGACUUUGGGAUGUAUGAUUACUUUACAAGGCAAUAUGGAGAUGAGUCAACCCUUGCAUUCCAGAAGGCUCGCUAUAACUUCAUCCGCAGCAUGGCUGCGUAUAGUCUUCUCCUGUUUCUGCUCCAGAUUAAAGACAGGCAUAAUGGCAACAUCAUGCUGGACAAAAAGGGACACAUCAUUCAUAUUGAUUUUGGCUUCAUGUUUGAAAGCUCACCUGGUGGAAAUCUGGGCUGGGAGCCAGACAUUAAGCUGACUGACGAGAUGGUGAUGAUAAUGGGAGGAAAAAUGGAAGCAACUCCAUUCAAGUGGUUUAUGGAGAUGUGUGUCAGAGGCUAUCUGGCAGUCAGGCCAUACAUGGAUGCUGUAGUGUCACUGGUUACAUUAAUGCUGGAUACAGGGCUGCCCUGUUUCCGAGGACAGACAAUCAAAUUGUUAAAGCACAGGUUCAGCCCCAACAUGACUGAAAGGGAGGCUGCAAAUUUCAUCAUUAAGAUCAUCCAGAAUUGCUUCCUCAGCAACAGGAGUAGGACAUACGACAUGAUCCAGUACUACCAGAACGACAUCCCGUACUGAAAACACUAAAGGUCCAGU